GGCAUUUUAUCAUUUAACAACAACAACAACAAUACACACUUUAACAGUUUUCCACUGCGCAUGCGCGAAAUCAAUAUCCGGUAAGAGUUGUCUUUCUUGAAGUGCGAGUAAGAAAUGAACAUGGCCCUGACCUGUGCGGUACAGAACUGUUCUAACGGCUCUUAUUGGCUAAAUAGAUGGAGAAAACAACUUUGUGAGACGUGUGGUUGUCUGCAUAAAGACAAGAGUUGCAUCUGUGCUGCCCCUUUUAGACUGUUCACCUUUCCAACGGUAAAGAAGAACCCAGAGCGACGUGAAAAAUGGAAGCAACUCAUAGGGCGAAAACAAGGAAGUAAACUUUGGUCACCACCAAAAUACUGUCGUGUUUGUUCAAGGCAUUUUGUUGACGGGGAACCGACUCUACAAAAUCCACUGCCAACCCUUCAUCUUGGUUAUGACGAUGCUUCGAAACGGGUAAAGCGGAUGAACCAGUUCGAAGCUACAAAACACAUGCCUAAACAAAAGCGUAUGAACUCAGAACAACUGCUGGUGUGUGACAAAGAUGUCCAGUUUUACACUGGCUUGUCAACUAAAUCUAUCUUCAACAAGCUACACUCAUUUAUAAGUCCCUUUGUGAAUAGGAGAUGGACUGGUGUCACAUCUAUGAUAAAGAAUGUUCGAAAAUUUAAAGCUAAAUCACGCUAUGGGCCAGACAGGAAAUUGACCUCAAAAUGUGAAUUUUUGUUGAUGUUAAUGAAAAUCAGGUUAGGACUACUUAAUGCAGACCUUGCAAAACGCUUCAACAUUUUGGAAUGUCUUGUUUCAAGAAUUUUCCUUGCAUGGUUGCGGGCAUCUAGCUUAGCUCUUAAAGCUAUGGUGUAUCUGCCUGAUGAAGAGACCCUGAUAGCAACAAAACCAGAGCGCUUCCGUAAACUGUCAUCCCUACAUUCAAUAAUAGACUGCACAGAGUUAUUCAUAGAGACCCCCAAAGACUUGUACCUAUAAAGUGCAACUUGGAGUGAUUAUAAACACCAUAACACUUUAAAACUGCUUGUGGCCUGCUCUCCGAACAGUUCCAUCAUUUUCAUAUCCAAGGCAUAUCUUGGACGAGUGUCGGAUAAGGCCAUAACAUUGGAUUCGAACUAUUUGGACCUCAUCCCGAUGCACUGCAUGGUUAUGGCAGACAAGGUAUUUAACAUACAGGGAGAGUGCGCCUCCAGAAAUAUAUCCCUGUAUGUACCACCCGGGCGGAGAGGAACAUCUCAGAUGCCUAGUGACUGUGUCAGAAAAACUAAAAAAAUUGCUAAUCAUAGAAUUCUGAUUUAGCAAGUGAUCAGGCGGCUCAAAACUUUUCGUAUUCUGGCAAAUGAGCUUCCAAUAUCCAUUGUGUCUCACAUUGAUGAUAUCCUUGUGGUUUGCAAGACAUAGUAAAAUGUGUAUGGUAAACAUUAUGUUCACCUAUUUGACAGUGUUUGUAAUAAGUUGAA